AUGGCCACCGAGGUGUACAACCAGGUCUACAAGGCCCAAGCGGACGUCGAGCACCAUUCUAAGAUUGAUGAGAAGAGCAGCGAUAGUGAUGGCCCAACGGAAAUCACCUGGACCGAGGAGGAGGAGAAGAGGAUUCGCAAUAAGAUCGACUGGAUGAUUGUGCCUUUGGUUACAACAUUGUAUCUUUUGUGUUUCUUGGAUCGUGCAAAUAUUGGCAAUGCGAGAAUCCAAGGCAUGGCGACCGACCUCAACCUGGUCGGCUACCGCUUCAACUGGGCAUCCUCGAUCUUUUACAUUGUCUAUUUGCUGGUCGAGGUGCCUUCAAACAUCAUCUUGAAGCGCAUCGGACCACGUUAUUACCUCCCCGCCCUGGUCGUCGGCUUCGGCCUCGUCUCGAUGUGUACCGCAUUCGUCGACAAUUUUCAGCAGCUCUGCACGGCUCGAGCGUUUCUUGGUAUCUUUGAAGGAGGAGCUAUGCCUGGCUUCGCUUUUUUCCUCUCCUGCUUCUACAAGCGCCAGGAGCUAUACUUCCGCAUAGGUAUCUUCGUCUCAGCAGCAUCGAUGGCCGGCGCCUUCGGAGGCCUCCUUGCCACCGGCCUCGCUCGCAUCCCACGCUGGGGAACCGAAUCAGCCCCCAUCCACACCUGGCGCAAUAUCUUCUUCUUCGAGGGUCUGAUCACCAUGUUCGCCGGGCUCCUCGCGCCCAUCUGGAUGCCUCAAUCGCCGCUGAAAGCCCACUGGCUGAACGACCGUGAGCGGUAUAUCGCUCACGAGCGGCUUAUUCGGGAGUACAAGUCUGACCCGAUGGAGGCUGUGAAGCCGCGCCAUGUGAAGCGGGCGAUGUUGAAUGUCAAUAACCUUGUUGCGGCGGGAGGGUUCUUCUGCAUCAAUGUUACGGUGCAGGGCGUGUCGAUCUUCAUGCCCACCAUCCUCCGCGACCUAGGCUGGACAGCAACCAAAGCCCAACUCUACAGCGUCCCGCCCUACGUCUGCGCCUGCUUCGCCGCCAUCGCCAUCGCCUUCAUCUCAGACAAGACCCGCCGCCGCGGCAUUUAUCUUGCCUCCUUCACCUUCCUCGGCAUCGCCGGGUUUUCCAUCCUCCGCUGGAACCACGACGAGCACGCUCGCUACGCCGCUGUGUACCUCGUGGUCAUCGGCGCCUUCCCCGGCGGUCCGGGCUUCUUGAGCUGGGCUGUCAACAAUAGCGCGGGUCCUAAUGUUCGUGCUGUGGCGAGCGGGUAUAUCGUCAGUCUUGGAACGAUGGGUGGGAUUCUGGCCACAUGGGCGUAUCUGGUUGAUGACGCGCCAUUGUAUCACAUUGGACAUAAUAUCAAUCUGAGCAUGCAGGUUGUGGUGUUGGUGUUGGCGACAUUUGGGGUGUUUUGGUGUAUGAGGGAGAACAGGUUGCGGAACCAGGGGAAGAGGGAUCAUCGGUUGGAUGGGUUGACGGAGGAGGAGCAGAGGGAUUUGGGGCAUUUGCAUCCUACCUUCCGCUAUAUCACUUGA